UGUCAAACUCGAGACAACAUCACGUAUUGGUGGCAUCUUAGUGCCCCUAGGGAUUCGGUCCUAGUGCUAACCUCUAGGUAUUGGAACAAGUCGUCUGUUUAAAUGCUGUAGACGCUUAUUCUUUGCUGCGAACUCGGCGGAACUAUUUAUCGAGUUCGACAGCUUGAACAGCCAAUCAUACUUCGAUUCUGGAACGCAGAAGGAACCAGAUCCUUACCACACAUGUCUCUUUUCCCUACCCUUCCCGCAGAACUUUACGCGGACAUUCUCUCCCACGUACCGGAGCUGUUGCUCCAGAAGACUAUCUUGUCACUGUCUCGCGCCCUCCCUCAUUCACCCGUACCUCUUCACGAUAUUUUCAGAAACAUCAGGCUCCAUCAUCCUGACCGAGUCCUCCAAUUAUACCGCCGUUUACGCACAACCACCACAAAUGAUGACAACUCUACAAGUGUAAUUAUUGAUCCUGCGGCGUCAUGGGUCCGUAGCUUCUCACUGGAAACUUGGGUUGCUGAUGCAAACAUUGUAAUAAAUGUCGUUGGCCUCUUGACAGAGAUCACGAAACUGACUUUAUGGGUCGGCCCCAUGAAUUUUGCCCCAGAAGAUCUAGAAGAGCUGGUAACCAAACUGAAAAGGGAUAUGAGACAGCUCAGGCACUCAGCAUCCAAUAUUCGUUUCAUUCAGGGUUCAUAUUUCGACAGUACGCUCUUGGCUCUUGCGCUCUGGCCUCACGCAUCUCUACACUCCCUUUCCAUAGUCCAAGAUCCCUUAGAUGUGAUUCAACUACAGGUUGCGCCUGGACAGUCGUUUGCUCAACCGAUCGUCUUCUUUCGUCUCGACCAUACUUUCUCUUCGCUUCUCCUUUGCCCUCACAUCAGCGCCUUGCGGUUUCGUCUUCCUUCACGGGCAUUGAUUCGCGCGGUCACAAACAACUUGCCACGCACCUUUUCUCAUACUCGCGUUCUGGACUUGUCUACGACCAGCACCUAUGACGCGGAUAUCGAUACGAUAGUUAGCAGAUUCUCCAAACUAGAACAUCUUGUAUUGGAUGGAUGCUCUACACUUCAUAGUGAGUGGUAUGACCUUGGUAAGCGAUGCGCUCUUGGGGGUGCACGACGUGCCAAAGAGCGAGAAAAAGUGGUUAAGCAGUGGCUGGAAGCCAACUGGGGAGAAGAACAGAGAGCAUUAGCCGCGUCAACCGCAAAGAAAUCAGGAAAGGGUAGGAAAGGGUUAGCCACGGCUACCAUAUCUCUCCGGUCCGCGCCACCAUCUCCGUCCCAAGUUCCAGGGCCUUCGAGAUUAUCAUCGACAGUUGAUCUUCCCCAGAAAGUCCGCAUAAUUCCGUCUGCGCCGACACUCAGAUCGCUCUCAAUUGCCCUCCCUAAUGCUCCGGUAAACCUCCAUGAAGAUAUUCUCUCCGCGUUUGAGCUUGGCUGGAAAGAUGGUCUUGCUCAGCUUGCAACUACAAGACGGAGAAUGCUGCAUGUGUGGGUGCGAAGGAACAGAGAAACCGAGGAGGACAAGGAGGACAAGAUCGAUACCAAAGUUGCCAAGUUUGAUGACGACGAGGAUGAAUGGGAUGGAUUAAACGGGCUAGAAGACGUGGAGUUGGGGGAUUUAGAGGUUGAGGAUCGAUUUGUGGAGGAAUGCGGGGUUCCGGUGCUGUGCUUGCUUGGCCCUGACUCGGAAGAUAGUCAUCAAACGGGAUGCGGACAUCGAAUGUCGACUUUGGCAGAGCUUGCUAGCAUGACUUAGGUUCACUCCUUACAUAUAUAGGCUCGCUCUAAGUGCCUUGUCCUACAUAGUGCCCGCAGCUUUCAGUUCUGGAAGCAACUGUAAACGCUUAUUCUUGCACAGAAACGCCGUUCUCAGCGGCCCGUCCUCUACAGUUAUUUACCGGUCAAUGAAACAGCAAAAUUGAAUAUUCGCUGUAAGUUCCAAUUGGUUUGGAAUUAUG